AUGGCAGUGUCUGGAAACGUUGUAAAAACAUUUUUGGAAAAAAUUAACCUCGAAAAAUAUAGCGGAAGACUUGUUGGUCAAGGCUACCAAACUGCUCUUGAUUUGUGUCUUUUAAACGAGGAGGACUUGAAUUUGAUAAGUGUCACAGACAAAGAGGACAGGGAAAAAAUUUUGCAAGCAGGUAGGAAAUCAAACAUCUAUCUGUAUGACCUCUACACCACGAAAUUUAUGCACAGUAUGUCGUAUUGAUUUUCACCCUAAAAAUAAUGUUUUAUUUAUUGCCCACAAUAAUAUUGCCCUGAGUAAUUCCUAACCUACGAUCCUUAGGCUCCUCGAUGUAUUGUUUGUUAGCAAGUUUAUUCAGUUGGACUGUCUGAUUGCCCGGCUCCUAUCAAAAUUCCCAGCUUCUGACGGUGAACAUGGUGAAAAUAUAUUUUUUUAUACCCAUCAGCUUCUGAACUGGAUAUAGAAGUAUGGCUGAAUCACAUGGAGUUGGAUUCUUACAUCAACGAAUUUAAAAGAGAGGGCAUCCAUAGUGUUAAAGACCUAAGGGCCCAUGAGAUUUCAGAUGACCUCCUAGAUGCAUUAGAAGUCAUGAUCCCGGGACAUCGAAAAAGAAUUAAAACUGCAGGUAAAUGUUUACAUGUAAAUAGCAUUUUGUCUAACUAGCUGGGACCGAAGUUGAAAACGUAACGGCUUAUUUUAAAUGUUACAAGAUUCUUCAGCCGAAGCAUUUGAAGUUACAGCGUUGGCCAAUAUGUAAGCUUUAAUAGCAUUUUUUCCUCCCUCUGACUGCAACUCCUAGGCUAAGGGAAUCAAUUUGCCGAUCAGGAGAAAACGAAGCUAAAAGAAAGGGAAAUACAAUGUAAACAUCUAAACAAAAUACAAGGAAUAUUGCUCAUCAUCAAGAAACAAUUAGAUCGUCACUAACGGGGGUUCCCCUUUACAUCAAAGAGAUUAAAAUACUUAGCCAUUGUGCGGCUUUGAAAGGCAAGUUUUGAAGCAUAAACGUUUUUUCCUCCGAAAGAUUGCCAGUGGAUUGCGAAGAAACAUGUCAAUUGAUGAAAGCAGGCGAGCAAAGUUAAAUCUGAUUGACUUUAAUACCUGUCUGUGUUCUCGAACCCUUUUAUAAGCUAUCCUCUUAAAAGUUAUGUUUCAUUUUAAGUAGGCCACUGCUAAUUUCACCUCUUCGGUUGCAUCAGGUAUAACUAAUUCAUGGUUGUAAGCAGAGGGCGACUGGAAUACACUUUAUAAUUUCAGAUUUGCAGAUAAAAAACAUGCGUUUUAUGUAAUUGGGGAUCUCGGACCCUAAAUGUCUUUCUUCCAAACAACCUGCAUCCUCAGGUUGUAUCCUAUGAGGCUCUGCAUUUUUAAAAUGAAGACACAAGCAGGAAUUACUGCUUUUUCAUAAUAAUUUCAUGAAGAAAGUUUUUUCAAAAUAUUCUCUUCUAAAAUAUUAAAUUUUUAACAGGUUUUGGUUUUCUCGCUAUUCGCUGAACACGUGCUCGAGCUAGCUGAGCGCGCUUUGCUAACCCUCCCUGCGCACUGAUUCAUUUUGUUUUUUCUAGUUGACUGUGUAAAUCGCUGAAGGGCUUGUUUUUCAAUUCUGCAACACGGUGAUAAAUUUAUUAUGAAUUAGCCACAAUUUAUUGCCCUAGUAUAUGCAUACUCGUUUAUUUUUUGCGCCAGAGGAAGAGGAGUCGACAAAGGACGAUUAGAAGAAGUAUUUACAGUUAGUUUUGUAUCAGUAAACCCAGGGAACGUAUAGGGUUUUAAAAAACAUUUUCAUUAUGUAGUUGUCCUAAACCAACAUGGAAGUUUAGUUGCUUAAAAACGUCAGAUUCGGUGCCCCGUUUUGAGAAUUUACUUUCGGGAACCCAAGCACCAAUGACGGUGCCAUGAUCUGAGUUUGCUCAUACAAUACAUGUAAUUUCUUUGGUAUAGAUUAACUCUCUCUGUAAUUAGACCAUUGUGAAGGGUACAGUAUUCAGUUUGAGACGGGGCAGCUUUUAAGUUCUUACCUUUUCGCGUGACGGACUAUUUAGUAAUUACACAGUAUUUAAACAUACGUUUUUUGCGAGUAUUAAGCUAUAUCGAGAUGCGAUAUGAUCGUGCUGUCUGUUGGAACUUAAAUAUAAAUUUUAAACGGAAAUCAUUCAGUUUUGCUUUUGCUUUAUCUGUGUUAGUCUAGCAUGCUUGGUUUAAAAAACGCAAAGAGAAACAUGAUUCCGGAAUGAAUUUGUUGUUCGAGCACAACUCUCGUUAAUAGCGCUUGGUUUAAAACCUUUUAGUCUCUGGUAUUUUAUAGCUCUCAGGUAUUUAUCUUCAACAACUGUUGAAUCAAUUCUGCCUGAUUUGUUGCUCACUUUCGUCCUUCUUUCUAUCAAUGCAAAAUCAUUAAAAGCCACCUUACUCUUUGUUUAAAUCCUAACAAGUCUUUCAACGAACAACUCCGACUCGGAAGCGUUUAGUUGCACCGUUCUGUACUGACUGCCUAAUCGAUGCAUUUUUAUACCCUUUAGGUUGUUUUAAUUUUUGUUUAUGUUUAACCAUCAUAAGACCAUAUAAAUUAAAGCAAAUUUAGUGUUUAGUAUUGCUUUUUCAUAAAAAUUAGUUUUAUAUGGUUUUAACAAGUUAGUCAAAAAAGCAAUGAUCCUGCCUUUCUUCAGCGUAAUCAAGCAAAGUGAAUGUUUAUUUAUAGAGGUGCUUACUUAAUUACAGUCUUUUAAAACUACCCUAGAUAAUAUUUUGUAUCCAAACUGCAAACAUGUGUUAGUCCCAGUAUGCUGAAUUUUAAAAUGGUCUACCUCAAAAUUCUGAAGAAUACGAAAGAUGAAAUUAUUUAUCAUGGUUUUUGUUAUUAUUUCCACCGGCAGUAUCGUUUCUAAAUUCAAACAUCUCCGGCCCUGAUGAUGUGAGUGUUUCCGCGGUGGUAAUAGGUUACUGGGGCCAGCCAACAGAAAUGGAAGGAAAUAACUUCGAUUUCCUUUGCGUCCCUGGUUUUCUCAAGUCCAGCACUGGAGAGGGUAUGUAGGGUGUACUGAUUUUAUAAUGUUCUUUGUUCCCAUUGCUAAGAAAAGGCCCCUGUUACAGAAAACUCAACAGUCAGUUGAAAAUAUGAGUCAUUUCAUAUAUUUCCAUUCAAGUCGGCCAUAUGUUAGCCUAAUACAGGCUUUAACCAGAUCACACGUGUAAAACAAGACCCAGUCAAUUGGUUAGUCAGUCAGUUGGCCAAAUCAGUAUAACUCAGCUUGUCAGUAACUCCAGACAAAUAAGCAGACAAUCAAUUAUCUACUGGCCUGCUGUUCAAGUUUUGUACCAUCCAGUUGGCUUAAAGCAGAGUCAAUCAUUCAUUGAUCAUUCAGUUUUUAAAGCCAGGCAUCAAGCAAGAUUUCAGUGAGUGUCACUUGUUCAGAGAGUCUGGCAUAAGGCAGAUUGGGCUCUCUUGUUACCAGGAAAUCCUGACUGACUUGUUACUAACUGUCAGUCAGUUGCAUAGUCAACCAGUCAGCCAGCAGCGCUCCAGUCAAACAGUCUAUCAGCCACAGUCACAUAGUCAGUGAGUUAGCUAGCAAGUCAGUCAGUCAGUCAGUUGCUCAUUUAGCCAGUCAAUCAACAGGUCUGAAACAGGGGCAUUAUGGGCUCCUGCAGUCAGGCUGUCUGUCAGGGAGUCAAUCCAUUAGUCUUCCAUUCCAGCCAGUAGCAAGUCAGUCAGUCAGACAGUCAGACAAUCAGUGAGUCAGCCAGAAAGUCAGCCAAUCAGUUGGUAAUUUAGCCAGUCAGCCAACAGGAGCAUGGGCUUCUGCAGUCAGAAAGUCAAUCAGUUGCAUAGUCAACCAGUCUUCCAGCCAGCAGGAAGCCAUGCAGUCAGUCAGUCUAUCAGCCAGUCAAACAGACAGGCAAUCAUUGAGUCAGCCAGAAAGUCAAUCACAAAGUUGGUCAUUUAGCCAGUCAGUGAAUAGGGGCAUCAUGAGCUCCUGCAGACAGGCUGUCAAUCAACCAGUCAAUCAGUUGCAUAGUCAACCAGUCUUCCUGCCAUCAGCAAGCCAGUCAAAUAGUUAGACAGUCAGACAAUCAGUGAGUCAGCCAGAAAGUCAAUCAGUCAGUUCGGUCAUCACCCCUCCUAUUGUUUUCCUACCAGACAGGUUAUAUUUUGGAAGGUCAGAAAGGCCAGACCCAGGCCAAAAAGGCCAAAGGCAGGGCAAAAAGUCCAAACUCAAAUAACCUGUCUAGUAGGAAAACAAUAGGAGGAGUGAAAACAAUAGAAAUGUGUUGGUGGUGGUAGUGGUAAUGGAGGGAAACAAUAAAAAUGAGUGAAUAAGCCAGAAAGUCAGUCAAUCAGUUGGUAAUUUAGCCAGUCAGCCAACAGGAACAUGGGAUCCUGCAGUCAGAAAGUCAAUCAGUUGCAUAGUCAACCAGUCUUCCAGCCAGCAUCAAGCCAAUCAGUCAAUCUAUCAGCCAGUCAAACAGUCAGGCAAUCACUUAGUCAGCCAGGCAGUCAGCUAAUCAGUUGGUCAUUAAGCCAGUCAGUCAAUAGGAGCAUCUUGAGCUCCCGCAGUCAGGCUGUCAAUGAGCAGUCAAUUAGUUGUAUAGUCAAUCAAGUCUUCCAGCCAACAGUAAGCCAGUCAGUCAAUCUAUCAGUCAGACAAUCAGUGAAUCAGCCAGAAAGUCAGUCACUAAGUUGAUCUUUUAGCCAGUAAUUCAACAGGGGCAUCAUGGGCUCCUGCAGUCAGGCUGUCAAUCAGUUGCAUAGUCAACCAUUCUUCCAGCCAGCACCAAGCCAGUCAAACAGUCAGGAAAUUAGUGAGUCAGCAAGAAAGUCAAUCAAUCAGUUGGUCAUUUAGCCAGUCAGUCAACAGGAGAAUCAUGAGCUCCUGCAGUCAGGCUGUUAAUCAGACAGUCAAUCAGUUGCAUAGUCAACCAGUUUUCCAGCCACCAGCAAGUCAGCCAGUCAAACAGUCAGCGAGUCAACCAGGAAGUCAGUCACUAAGUAUGCUGCUCCAAGUAUGCUGGUUCACUUACCCAUUCAGCAAAUAGAGAGAAUGGAAUAGGGAGGCCAAUUGUUAAAUUAAAACUAUAAUCUCUGAAAUAGUUUACCUUCAUUUGCUGUGUGAGAAUGUCUCAACUGCAUUAUCAGGGAUGUACAGGUUUUAUUAACUUAAUUCAAAAGGGUACUUUUUUGUUAAAAAAUAUAGAAAGAUAUGAGCCGCGAUAAGAUACUUUGAGUUUGUGAUAAAAACAAAACACUCUUAAAACAGAUCCUAGAGACUAAUUCGUUUUAAGGCGAUGUUAUACUUGACAAUUCACAGCGACUUUUUAAAGGCAACACAGCGUUACGACAUUGUUGCGUCAUUGUUUCGAAUUGUUGCAACAUUUUUUCAACAUUGUUACUCUUAAAAACGUCUUUGCAAAUCACUUCGUUUAAUAUCACCUUUAGGUUUACAAUGGAUGAAACUAGUCGGCCUGCUGUAGUUUGCCGAUAAUUGGAACAUGAAAAUUGUUUGUUUUUCAGACGCUCAGUCAUCAGGACUCAUUCAGUUUAUAGUUGACAGUGGCAGUGAAGUUGGCGUGACUGUGACGUCACAGUUCAUUAAAGAUCUUCAACUUGAGUAUCUCCAUAACAUAGAAAGUAGAGGCGUCCACGCUACGAGAGACAGGCCAGUUUAUCGAGGGGUCCUAAAGCUUGGGUUAGAGGAAUUUGAAGUUGAAGUAAGCUAAUAACACCUUCCAGAGUAUUAUUUUGUUUAUUAACCCUCUUAGGUAUUUUAGUCAAGAGAUUUCUCCUAACAGUAUUAAUACACAAUCAAGAGAAAAGGUUAUGAGAAUUGAGAAAGUGAUCAACAAAGGGAAAAAUGCUUUGAUCUUUUAUCAAAUUCUCCCAACUAAUUCCUUAAGGAAAUGUAUGGAGAUCAGUCAGGAGAAUUGGUAUUUGGAUAUUGCCAGAAUUUCCCAAUUUUGACACUUACUCAACUAGUUAUAAUUCCAUCUUUUUGUUUUUUUUCUUUAACUAAAUGACUGAAAUUGGUUCCAGCUUUCCAUAAAAGGCAGAAACUAAUAUUGAUCUUGAUUACUUUUAGGGUUUCGCCUAUUGAUUCAUCAAUAGCACCUUUAUAAUAAUUUCUAAUCGGUUCCACGGUGAUUUUCUAUCGAAAGAUGUUUCACAUUUACGACAAGUUAAAGCCUUUUGUUAUUAAAAGGGAACCUCUGAUCUUCCUUAAUUUGUCUCGAUUGGGGCAGAACUUAACUGUAGCAGGGAAAACAGCGGAACUUGAGUUUCGUGGCGGUACAACCUUUUACUGGUCAUGUCGCAAUGGAACCACUGAAACGUAGCUCUGCAAAAAGUUCCCUGUAUUUUCAGGCUUAAGUUAACUCUAUUUUGACUUUUGAUUGCAAUGUCUUCUUUUGGACAAAAUUUUUCGAUGCAUGGGGACUUUGCGCCUCAAAAAAACAAAAGACAAAACCAACGAAGCAACUAAAGAAAGUAUCUUACUUUUUCCCGCCAAAAUGGCAGCUCCUUUCCAAAUGUGUGCGCUUCCGAAGUAAAUAUUUGACUAUUAAAGAAAAGAGACAAAAGGCAAAAUACUUUUCUCCCGGACUGUCAAGUAUUUGUCUUAAUGUUUUUCAUCUCUUUUGCAGGUAAUGCCGGACAGAUUUUGUACGGUAGGUGCUGUCGUUAUGAGAAAAUUCAAGCAUUUUAUAAAUGGACAUCUUCAUCGCUGGCUGAAAGAUGACCCACAGGCUCCUGAUAACCCACCAUCACAAGUUGAAGACUGCUAG